AUGAAAUUCGUUUUUGGAGUUGUUCUCGUCGCCUUCGCUGUUGUUACAUUCACAUAUGGUUAGUUUUUCUUUUUUUUUUAAUUUUUUGAAGAGAAGAUGAUAGGCUUCUUUUGAUUUAUAGAAGAAAAUGAGCAAACAUCAGAUUUUUUUUUGAAAAAUGAAAUAGAAAUUCAAUUUAAGUUGUACUACUUGUUUUGUUUUGAAGAGAAAUAAAAGUUAAAGUGAAAAAUUGAAUUUACGAUAAAAAGUUACAAGUGUGCCCUACCGCACAAAAAACAUAUUUCCUAAAUUUUCAAACUUCCAAUUCCAGCUGCUCCUUCACCGCUCGAAGAGAAACUUCGAGCUCUUCAAGAGCAAUUGAACACAAUCGAAAAGGAGACCGAAACUCAACAAAUCGGACAAGCUCAAUCAAUUCUCGGAUUCCAACCGCAAAAACGAAUGGUGGCUUGGCAACCAAUGAAGAGAUCUUUUGAUGAUUCGAGACAACCUUGUUAGUUUUAGAGGUUUAGGGGGAAAAUUACGGUAUUUUAGGGUGCGCAAAAAACCCAGUUUCAAUUUCUUUGUAAUUUUCACCAUCUUCGAAAAACACCCCAUAGUUCAGUCGGUAAAGCUUUUGUCCCACGCCCCAGCUAUGCUGGUUCGAACCCCACUGCCUGCAACAUUUUUUUUGUAUUUUUCGUUUCAGCUUUUUCUCAGAAGCUUUGUUAAUUAAUUAGUGUUCCGACUGCUUCGAGAAUCAAAAAAUCAAAACUCCCACGCUUCGAAGAAUUUCGAAAUUCUUCGAAUAUUCAGGCAGGUCGGGUCAUGUGAUAAAUUCCAUUGUUAUCAGCUUAUUGACACCAUUAAAAAUAAUAUUUUUAUGAGUAGAAAGUAUUUAGAAAAGCGGGGUAGAAACCAUAGAUUUUAUCGAUUUUCUUGGGAAAAUUUGAGUUGAAAAAAAUAUGCAUGUCAAAAGCAAAUCUAAUUUUCUCCAAUUUUUUCCAGUGGUCCACGCAAUCGAAGCUCGUUUGGCUGAAGUUUUGCGAGCCGGCGAACGACUUGGCGUAAAUCCGGAAGAAGUUUUGGCCGAUCUUCGCGCCAGAAAUCAAUUCCAAUAG